AAUUAAGACUUAAAAUGCUACGCCGCCUAACACAAAUUAGUUCCAAGCAACUGACCCGCGCACAGUCCACUUCGACACAUGCCGCCAAGGAUAAAUGGGAUCUGUAUGCUGGUAUUCUAGUUGAACGAUUGCCCGUGAUAUCCAAGACAUUAAAUCCCUUGGAGCGUCAAUUUCAAGACCUUCUGUCUCAAGUGGAGUACGAGAACAGUCUUAAAUCUGAUUUUGAAUUAAAGCAUGAGCGUGAUUUAGUGCAGAAGGAGCUAAUUAAGCAGGGUAAAGUGCAGGUGGACCUCGAUGACUCGGUGACCAAGCAAACAGCCCAAGACCUGAAAGAUGCCUACAAGGAGGAGCUGAAGAAGUUUCAAGUCGCUUCACGUACCACGCCCGACGAUGACGCCAAGAAGCUUACUUCCACAAAUCGUUGCCUGGAGGAUACGCUAUAUUUGGUGAUCAAGCAAAAACUUGGUGAGCGGGAGCAUUUCGUGCUACCGCAGGGACUGCGUAAAGAUGGCGAAUCCAUGCGGCAGACAGCGGAACGUGUGUUAAGUGAACGCUGUGGCAAAGAUCUGCAAGUUCUCUUCUAUGGCAAUGCACCUGUUGGCUUCCACAAGUACAAAUAUCCCAGCAAGCAGCGCUUGGAAAGCGUUGGGGCCAAGAUCUUCUUCUAUCGCGCCUCCCUACGUGCCGGCAAUGUGAAUGUGGAGCAGCAAACGAUCCCAUACGAAUGGCUGCCCAAGGAGACGCUAAACAAAAAAUUAAAUAAUGCCUAUGCGGAAAGCAUAAAAAAAUUCUUGAUUUAAUUUUUAUUAAUGUAUGUGUUUACGAAGAUGGUCUGAAGAAUAAAAGAUAAAA